AUGUCGGUGACGGCGGGUGUCAGCGAGGCCGCCAUGGCGGUCCGCGACAAGCUUCGGGGUAAGAUCGGCCAGACGAAGGUGAAGAGAUACUGGCCUGGCAAAGCCCCCGAGUGGGCCGCCGAUGCCGACGAUGAGGGCGACCUCCGCGCCACCGCGGCUGCGGCCUCGUCCCGGUCGGCCGCCCUGGAAAGGGCCUUCCCCGUCCGGGAUGAGGAGGAGCUUGAUGCCGCCGCGAGGGAGGACCGCCGGCUGCGACGGCUGGUGGAGAGCAGGGUUGAGAACAAGGAGGAGGUGCGCGCGGACCAUCGCAGGAUCCGGCAGGCGGAGAUCGUAUCGGCCAUCGAGGAAGAGAACGAGCGUCUGGAAGAAGCCGAGGACGAGGACGAGGAUGCUCUGGAGGAGCGGAGGAGAAGGAUCAGGGAGAAGAAUCUUCGGAGGGAGCAGGAGGAAGCCGCGCUGAUGCCGGUUGUGGAGGAAGAGGAGGAGGAGGAGGAAGAAGAGGAGGAAUCGGAAUACGAGACCGAUUCGGACGAGGAGCAGAUGGGCGUCACGAUGGUGAAGCCGAUAUUCGUCCCGAAGACAGAGCGAGAUACGAUCGCCGAGCGUGAGCGUCUUGAGGAAGAGGAACGCGCGUUAGAAGAGGCUGUGAAAAGGCGUCUGGAGGAACGCAAGGUUGAAACGAAACAGAUUGUUGUGGAGGAAAUCCGGAAGGACGAGCAAAUUCAGAAGAACUUGGAGUUAGAAGCAGAUGUAGCGGACGUGAACACGGAUGAUGAGAUGAAUGAGGCAGAAGAGUAUGAGGCAUGGAAGGCUCGGGAAAUUACAAGGAUCAAGAGAGACCGAGAGAUCCGCGAGGCACAGAUCAAAGAGAAGGAGGAGAUUGAGCGGGUGAGGAACAUGACAGAGGAAGAGCGGCGGGAAUGGGAGAGGAAGAAUCCCAAACAAAUGUCCGCGCCGAAGCAGAAGUGGAAGUUCAUGCAAAAAUACUUCCACAAGGGCGCGUUUUUCCAGUCAGAUGCCGAUGACCAUGCAGGGACGGCUGGCGCAGCUGAUAUAUACACCCGUGACUACUCAGCGCCUACAGGGGAAGACAAGAUGGAUAAAACUAUUCUGCCCAAGGUCAUGCAGGUCAAACACUUUGGGCGUAGCGGGAGAACCAAAUGGACGCAUCUUGUUAAUGAGGAUACGACAGAUUGGAACAACCCGUACGUAUAUCUUUACCCCUUUUACGUUAUUUAUCAAUAAUUUUAGAGACAUCUGUAGGAUCGUUUUCACUUCAUGGUGGUACUCUUCCAUUUUGCUUCUUAUGCUGACCGUAGGCUGUUAGCUUGAAUUUCCACCAGAGUUCCCUUCAUUAUUUUCUUUUCCACCAGCGAUCAUGUACAGAGAGCCUGUGUACGCCCCAAGUGCUAGGCAUUAUUUAGGUUACACCCGAGUUUCAUAGUCUUACGUAAUAAAUUCAGGCUUAGAUGAAGAUCCCGGCAUUGGCUGUGUUAUUACGCAUCUUCUGAUUUCAUUGCAUGUCAUUUAAGGCCAUGGAUGUGAUGGUGACUCAUGCUUGCUUCUUAAUCCACUGAAAUUUUGGGUCUCGCUUAACCCAAGGGUCUAUCCUCCCUUGACAGCGAGCUGUUUUUAAAAAACGUGGAUGCUACACGCAUGUGCUUGACGUAGCCACUCAGUUGACAUUUUCUCAAAGCAUCUUGUUGAUUGACCUCGGCAUGCGAUUUUUUUAUCUGUUUCAAAUGAUGCCGUGAGGUUUUUCGUUUUAUUUACAACUUCAUGUCGUUGUGUUUAGUGUACUAGUUGCUAGUAUGUUGCCUCUAUUGUGCUGUCUACAAGCAGUGAAAUAACUUGUUAUCAUUUCUUUAGUACCUUUAUGGUCAUAUUUCCCCUGGAACACUGACAAUCGUUUCUCUUUUUUCAUAUGCCUCUCGUGGAUUCGGAAAAACCUUGUUGUUCCUCUCUCUCUUCCUCCAAUCCAUCCAACCAUCUAUUAUGUUUUGUUGAGGAAAUACUGUUACCUCUUAAUAUUUCACCUAUUGAUUCCUAAAACAUCAAGUCAUUAUAUUGUGACGAAUUGAAGCAAUUGCAUUCCUUUGGUCAUAUGUUUCAUGGUACAGUUCAGAAUCUAAUAGUGUUGCUUAUGAAUGAACUCAUUUAUCAUGGUAAUCCAUAAACAUUUUUCUUCCCUACUAGAACCCAGUGUGUCAAUGAUAGGUCUUAAAAAUUCUUUGCACUACUGCCUUUGAGAGGAUCUAUACACCUUCUUACGAAAAUAUUUAUUUUGGAUUUGCAUAUCCUCGUAUUACAUUCUCUGGAAAGAAUAAUUACUAUAGCAAGGACUCUGGAGAUGUUUACAAGUUUUCAGAAUAUCAGAAGCACAAGAGCAUAAGAGUCCUUGAAAUAUGAUGUUGGAAAUCGAAAAACCAGAAGAAUCUUUAAUGCUUUGUUACGGAUGUGUUACAAGGACCUUGGUAGGGCAGGAUUUGACUUCUGCAGAUGUGUUCAUCUACGGAUGUUGUCUGUUCGGUGUAAUCACGAAAUGGGAAUUCGGAUGUAAAUCCUGCCCAUCUCUGUAACCUGCUGAACGUUGCCAUCUUAUGAUAUCUGCUGAUUUCCCUUCUGUUUAAAAUAUAUUUGCUGAACUGCACCCCUAGGGACAGGAUUAAAUUUUCCUUUUUGGUACAUAUGCUCUUUGCCCCUCCACUUCCUCUUCUUGACCCAUCUUUCUUCUCCUUUACGAUUGUAGAUAUCUACCUUUCUCCUUCUUGUAGCUGUUAGACGAAGUUUCCUCUCUUGGUUCUCUCGGUGUCGGAUUGACAUCUUGUUCUCUUUCAUUGAGAAUAUCACGAUUUAGUCCUCAGCGUUCCAUUCAAUCAUUCUCUUUUCACUUCUUUGCGACUCCGAUUUCCAAACCACUCUCCGUUUUUACGUCAAGUGGUUCCUCAUUCUAAUGUUUUCCUUUUUUUUUUUGUGGCUUCUCAGGUGGACUUCUGCCGGCUCUCUUCAAGCGAAGUACCAUUCUAAAAUGGCUGGAAUGAACACAAUCAUAGAGAGACCAAAGGGAAGCAGGAAACUGAAAGCAAGCGCCGAGGAGUGGGGAAUGAAAUAA